AGGUGAAAUGGGCGCUGACGAUGAAGGGCGUGGAGUACGAGUACGUGGAGGAGGAUCUCCGGAGCAAGAGCGCCCAGCUGCUGGCGUACAACCCCGUGCAGAAGAAAGUCCCCGUGCUGGUCUACAAGGGCAGGCCCGUCGCGGAGUCGCAGGUCAUCCUCGAGUUCAUCGAAGACGCCUGGAGCCACCGCGGCGACCCCAUCCUCCCUCGGGACCCCUACCAGCGCGCCAUGGCCCGUUUCUGGGCCAGGUUCUAGCAGGACAA